AUGGAUUUUCUCUACAUAUAUGGGAUUGCUACUUGCAUUUUCACAUCUUUCUGUUGGAUGACUGUGGAUUCAUUUAUUGCAAAAGAACGGAUCGCUGGAAAGGUUAGUGAAUAUGGUGUGAUUGUACCAUUCAGUACAGACCAUUUGGGACAAUAUCUUUCCCACGUGGUGUCAGCAACAGGAAGUAGAAGAGGUGGGCUGACCUUAAAGCACCCUGGGCAGAGGGUGGCCCGAAGUAUCCCCGAUCCAAAAAGAGCUACGUCAGAUGAUAGUUCCUUGUAUUUUAAUGUCACCGUCUUUGGCACACAGCUGCAUCUUCGCCUGAAACCAAAACGACAUUUAGUUUCACAUGAGGCCACCAUAGAAUGGCAGGAGGAUUUCCAAGAAAUUUCUCAAGAGUCCAUUCAUUCUGGUUGUGUAUAUACUGGAGACAUUACGGAUAUGCCUGGAGCAACUGUGGCCAUUAGCAACUGCGAUGGACUGGCCGGCUUGAUAAGAACAGACAGUAGCGAAUUCUUUAUUGAGCCUUUAGAGCGAGGACGGCAGGAUGAUGAAGAGAAUGGCCGUGCACAUGUGGUCUACAGAAGAUCCGCUUUGCAGGACAAAACUGGAACCCAAGGGGAGAUGCAUAAUGAAGUUGCAAGGAGUGAAGUUGAUGCGCUUCCUUUUGCUGUGGAUUUGAUGCAAGACAGAAUAUGGGAAAGUGAGCGCAAGAAACGUCAUGCCAAGAAGGAUGACUAUAACAUAGAGGUUUUGCUGGCAGUGGAUGACUCUGUUGUACGCUUCCAUGGAAAGGAACACGUGCAAAACUACGUCCUCACCCUUUUGAACAUAGUAGAUGAAAUUUACCACGAUGAAUCUCUGGGGGUUCACAUCAACAUAGUAUUGGUCCGAAUGAUUAUGGUAGGGUACAGACAGUCCAUCAGUCUUAUAGAACGUGGAAACCCAUCGAGGAGCCUUGAACAAGUUUGUCGCUGGGCCCAUUCCCAGCAACGUUCAGAUCCAGAUCAUGCUGAGCACCAUGAUCAUGCUGUGUUUCUCACCAGGCAAGAUUUUGGUCCUGCAGGUAUGCAAGGUUAUGCUCCUGUGACGGGAAUGUGCCACCCCCUACGUAGUUGUACUCUGAAUCAUGAAGAUGGAUUUUCUUCUGCAUUUGUGGUUGCCCAUGAAACAGGUCACGUGCUUGGUAUGGAGCACGAUGGACAGGGGAACCGCUGUGCGGAUGAAACCAGUAUGGGAAGCAUCAUGGCCCCCCUGGUACAGGCUGCUUUCCAUCGCUAUCACUGGUCUAGGUGCAGCAAGCAAGAACUUAACAGAUAUAUACAUUCCUAUGACUGCCUCCUGGAUGACCCCUUUGAGCACAAAUGGCCAAAACUACCAGAACUUCCAGGAAUCAACUACUCCAUGGAUGAACAAUGCAGAUUUGAUUUUGGAGUGGGCUACAAGAUGUGUACUGCUUUUAGGACUUUUGACCCUUGCAAGCAGCUGUGGUGCAGCCACCCAGACAAUCCUUAUUUCUGCAAAACGAAGAAGGGCCCCCCUCUUGAUGGAACUGAAUGUUCUCCUGGCAAGUGGUGCUUUAAAGGACAUUGCAUUUGGAAGACACCAGAACAGUCAUAUAGUCAAGAUGGCGGGUGGGGUUCAUGGUCACGGUUUGGUUCCUGUUCCCGCACCUGUGGAGGAGGAGUGCGCUCCCGUAGCAGACAAUGUAAUAAUCCACCUCCUGCAUAUGGUGGUCGAGAUUGUCCUGGUCCCACCUAUGAAUAUCAGAUGUGUAACAAUGAAGAAUGCAGAGGACCGUUUGAAGAUUUCCGUGCUCAGCAAUGUUCACAGCGUAACUCAUACUAUACUUACCAGAACACCAAGCACACUUGGCUUCCUUAUGAGCAUCAUGAUGAUGCUCAGAAGUGUGAACUCAUAUGCCAGUCAAAGGAAACAGGAGAUGUUGUAUUCAUGAAUCAGGUGGUUCACGAUGGCACUCGAUGUAGCUAUAAAGAUCCAUACAGUGUCUGUGCCAGAGGAGAAUGCCUGCAUAUCGGAUGUGACAAGGAAAUUGGCUCCCUGAAAGAAGAUGAUAAGUGUGGGGUUUGCGGAGGAGAUAACUCACAUUGUCGAACUGUGAAAGGAACAUUAGCUAAAUCGGCAAAGCAGUCCCCUGGUGUUUUAAAGAUGUUUGAGAUCCAAGCAGGAGCCAGGCACAUCCAAAUAGAAGAAACAGAAGGAUCAUCUAGCAGUUUUGCUAUUAAAAACCAAGUCAGUGGAAACUUUAUGUUGAAUAUUAAGGGCAAGGACAGCAAAUCAAGGACCUUUUUAGAAAUGGGGCUAGAGUGGGAGUACACCAUUGAAGAAGGCAAGAAAAGUGUGAAAACUACUGGUCCACUUACUGAGCCUAUAGUGAUUUUGGUUGUGCCACAAGAAGAUGAACCGAAAAGCAGCCUAACAUAUAAAUAUAUAAUUCAUGAAGAUCUCUUACCAAUGAUCGGAAACAAUAAUGUACUUUUGGAGGAAAUGGACUCUUAUGAAUGGGCUCUUAAAAGUUGGUCUCAAUGUUCUAAAGCGUGUGGAGGAGGUAUACAGUACACUAAAUAUGGAUGCCGGCGAAAAAGUGACAGCAGGAUGGUUCAACGUAACCUGUGUGAUAACAACAAAAAGCCAAAGCCAAUACGGAAAAGAUGUAACUUGCAUGAAUGCUCUCAGCCAGGUUGGGUGGUGGAGGACUGGGGCCCUUGCAGUAAGACUUGUGGUAAACUGGGUGUCCAGAUCAGACUGGUUCAGUGUAUCCAACACCUGGAAAAUGGCACAAACAGGACAGUCCAUACUAAAUACUGCACUGCCGAACGUCCAGAACCAAGAAGGUCAUGCAAUCGUAUAUCUUGCCCUGCGCAAUGGAGGACAGGGGCCUGGUCACAGUGCUCAUCAAGCUGCGGUGAAGGCAUUCAGCAACGCCAAGUAGUGUGCAAAGCAAGUGAUAACGUUAUUGGUCAGUGUGAUGGAGAGAAGCCCGAAACUAUCCAGGUCUGCAAGAUGGCAUCUUGCCCAGGAAAAUCACCAGGACUUGCACAGCAAGCAGAAACAAGUGACCUCAGUCCUUCUAAGACACCUGGAGCUGCCCCACAGAAUUCCCUUAAAAACCCUGUGAACAAAAUAUCUUCCAAAGAUGCAUGUCAAGGAGACAAAUCCAUAUUCUGUCAGAUGGAAGUCUUAGCACGGUACUGCUCUAUACCUGGAUACAACAAGCUGUGCUGUGAAUCUUGCAGUAAAAAGAUUGUUCCCACCAGCUUGACCCCAAGUUCAGAGCACGCAGCGCUGGAACUUCGAGCUCCGGAAGGAGCAGUUCUCCCUAGCCCGAUACUGCCAGUAACCUUGAUCCCAACGCUUGCAAGUGUCUUACAUGAAACGUCUAUAGAGAAAAGCCCAAUGGAUAUCCAGCAUGGCCCAAAGGUCACAGCAGUCAACGGUACCAAUAAAGGUCCUUCUGCUUUGCAAGUGCUGGGAAAUAACACAUCAGCAACAGAUAUAGGAAAGCAAGGGGUAGAGGAAAGUGAAGGUGGACUCGUGGAUAGCCUUGGCACAAUGUUCAACAAAACGUCAGUAAACAAACAAGGCAGGGCCAGUUCACUGGCAUCUUCUGAUAUAGUAAGGCGAAGAAGGGAAGGUAUUGAUGAAGUGCACACUGAUUCCGAUGGACAAAAUGUCUCUGUGGCGACAUGAACGUCAUCACAAGUAGCCGAGCAGUGUCAU